UGAGAAGGAAGUGGUUCUCCACUCUUCCGGUCACGUGAGGCUCCCGGCGGCCCUCGCGGCGCUGCCCUUGGUGCCGUCAUGGCCGCCCGCAUCGCGCCGCUCAUCCGGUUCGCCAUCAAGGGAGGCCUGGCCGGAGCCGCCGUGUACGUGUCGUACGAUCAGGGGCUGCUGGGCAGCGGGACCGAGGGGGCAGAGGCCUUAAAACGGGCCCGGGAAGCGCUACCGGCUGCGGUGAGAGAAUGGAGCGGACACGUGGGAUGGGAGCUCCCACCCGUUCCAACCUUGGAUUUCUCCCCCUCGGAUUCCUGGAAUAAAGGGGUGCACACGCUGAUGUCUGCCCUGUCGGUGGCUCCCAGCAGAGCGUGUGAAUACACGGCUCAGGGCUGGAACUACCUCAAGGAUCUCGUCAAGUGAGCUGAGCACAUCCUCUGUCCCGCUCUCAUUCUGUCCGUCCCGUGCUGCUCCCACAGCUCAGCCACAAGGGCUGCAAUAAAAGACUUUGAAGUUCUGGUUU